CGUUGACACGCCGGUUUCUCUUCAUCACACUUGAUACGACGCUGAAGAGAGCGUGGUUAGUUAUACAAAUCACAAGGAAAGAAGCGGACAUGACAUACCUUUCGGCAAGUGAGGCAGCCUGUCUUUGUACGUUUGCGCGUCUCGCGCUUCUUGUCUGAUGCAGAGGGUGUUGAUCGGCCCGGCGAAAGCUCGCCGUCUGUGGCUAUAGACCCUUCUGCUUGCCUUGCUGGUUCGGCCUGGAAGACAGUCUGCAUCGGGGACUGGCUCGUGCUCAUGCGAUGUAGGCGCGGCCGGUGCAGUCACUCGCCAGAAUCGCCGGUCCUGGUGGUUUCGGGAGUUAAACACAAUCGCCUGGCCUUUGCGUGUGUUGCUCUGCUGCGAAUGCUCGCUUGCUACUGCUCGACGGGCUCUGUGUGGUUGGUGUCGUGGGAGCGGCUGCCAAUGUUUAAGUUGAGCGAGCUGCUGCCCUUCUGCCCUUUUGCUUCCCGAACUGCUCGCUCGCUUGGCUCCAGGUGCUGAAUCGAGAGAAUCUAGUGAUGACGACGCGACACAGGCGAUCGAUGGAGGUGCAGGGGGUGUAGAGUGUAUGAGAUGGGAGACGACAGUAGCAGUAGGUUACAAUAUUUAGUAUGAGAGAUGGGCGGGCCCCUGUCCGUUAUGUACCUAGCGAUGGUGCUGGUGCUGGCUGCUGCGCUGUAUGCGGCACCCUGGCUUCCCAAGGGCUGAUCUUGCCCAUCGCCUGACACUCGACACAGACGCAGCUACCCUUCACGACCUGCCCGUCAACGAGCCUUCAGGGACAAGCAGACGCGAGGGCAUCAGUGCACGGAAUAUGCAAACAUGGUAUUUUCGGCUCUCGGAUCGGGCACUUUGGAG